AUGCAACACGUCACGGAGAGGGAGGCCGCAUUGCCGGUUGACGAUGAUGGGGCUGCGUAUUUGUCAUCUUUAUGUGAUGCGGUGUGUGUGUUUGGUGUUGACGACGCCCUGUCGUGUGAGGCAGAGGACGCAAAUACCGGACUAACGGGAUCGCAGAAGCAGCAGCAGCAGCUGCUGCUGCUGGAGGAGGAGGAGGAGGAAAUGGGAGAGGAAGAAGACGCCGACAGCGAGGAAAAACCCCUCGAAGAUGAGGAUGAGGAAUACGAAGAGGAAUACCAGUCGGGCGAAGAGGAUGAGGGGGAGCCGGAAGAAACGGCAGAGGAGGAGCCAGAGGAGGAGGAUGAGUACGGCCUUGAGCUACCUAGUGACGAGGGCAAGGAUCCCAAGCACAAGAAGGAGGUAUUUUUCAUCCAGGGCAGAAAUUACCCCGUAUCCGCCCUUGUAAAAAAUGCGGGGUUGAGGACGGCGCAAAAGAAACUUCGUAGAAAUCCCAAGACCACGCUGAUGAUGUGUUCACUGCUGAAGGCGCACAACGUCAUGGAGUGCCGAUUUCUACACUUGACCAACCGUGCCCUGUUGGUGGGAGACCGCUAUGUGAGGAUCAACAUGUUGCUGGAUAAUCCGGCAAGAGUUGCCGUCCUUAAAGACCCCGUCUCGGCGGCGGAGGCGAGUUUUUGCGCUGCUGCCAACGGUGGACAUGACACCUCCGUGUGCUCUGCGUUGCACCUUUUGCCAGGCGUCGUUUUUGUGGGUGACCCACGGCUGCGUGUCGGCUAUUUUGAGAACGAGCUUCACGACAACGUUGCGCUAAAGCGGUUGAAGGCUGAUGCAGAUUCAUGUGGUCGUUGGUGUAGGAGUAAGCGGUCUCAUGUUGUUGUGACGUGCGCCUCUCUGCAUUACAACCGAGGGAAGGUGUACACGGAGGUGCCGCGGGAACCAGCGAAGCCCCUUGCAGUGAUACCGAGCCUGCGUCCACAGGCACCAAGGCCUGCUGGUGGGAGAGGCGGCCACAGAUGCCCGUCACGAGGCAGAGGCGGGGGUGGACGUGGACGUGGACGUGGCGGAGGCGGUGGUGGGAGAGGGCGUGGAGCCAGCCAUAGCAGAGGUCAAUAUAGCGCUGUUGGACGUGCUCCGCGUCCGGGAUUGCAUGCGACUUCGGCGACACCCGCCUUAGCUGAUAGGACGGAUCGUGACAGCAGAAUGGUGCUGCCGAUGGACACUGUGACCCCGCUGCAGGAGGAAAAGGUUCAGGUACAGAAGGAGCGAGUGCUGAACCUUAUACUGGCGUUGUUGGUGUUUAUUGUGGCCCUGCUGGCCUAUUUGCUUAAUUAA